AUCACCGACAGGCCCGACGCCAGGAUGUCCCAGUCCAUGGAGCCAACGGCAAAGAAGAUCUUCAAAGGAGUUUUGCUGGCUGAACUGGUGGGCUUUUUUGGUGCCUAUUUUUUGUUUAAGAAGAUGGAAAGAUGCCAAGAUUUCAGGCAAAUGAUGAGCAUGAGGUUCCCCUUCAUCUUGGAAGCUUAUUACAAAUCCAUCGAACAUUCUGGAAUACAUGGAAUUAGAGAGCAAGACCAAGAAAAAUGGCUCAGCGGCAAAAGCUAGACAACUGGCCCGACAGCCACCCACCCCAUGGUUUCAGACAAGACUGGAAUCCCACCGCUGACAUGGAUGGAAUU